AUGGCGCUCACCAGCUGGAAAGCGUUUCCAUUCUUCCAGGUCUCGCAGGUCCCUGUGCCUGCGGACGAAGAUGGGUCCUACGUUUUUGAUAACGAUGUCAUAUCCCUGGCAACCGGAUCCGACUCUCUAUUUCUGGGUUCCUCGGACGGCUCGGUGCGCAUCCUCUCCAAAGCGCUGAAAGUUGUCCGCACCUUUCAAGCCUCAGACACGGAUGAUGGGUCCAUCACCCACGUGCGACACAUUCCCGAUACUGCCUUUCUUGUGACCGUCUCGGAGAACCUCUCCAUGGAUCCCUCGUUGAAAGUUUGGGCGCUGGAUAAGACAGAAAAAAAGACAGGUGGUCCAAAGUGUCUAUGCACUGUUGCUGUGCAGAACGGCAGGAGACAGUUCCCUACAUCUGCGCUUGUUGUACUGGAUGACUUGAGUCAGGUUGCAGUGGGUUUUGCAAAUGGUUCGGUCACAGUCAUACGGGGCGACUUCAUCCACGAUCGGGGAACAAAGCAGCGCACCGUCUUUGAGUCGGAAGAUCCAAUUACGGGUCUAGAGGCCCGUCAAGGCGCGACCAAGACUCUCUACAUCGCGAACACCGCGCGGAUAUGCAGUCUCGUCAUCUCCGGCAAAGGUCAAGGGCAACCGGUUCGCACGGUCGAUAACAAGGGUGCCAGCGUCGGCUGCAUGACUCUGGAUAGGGAGAAUGAAGAUGUCAUCAUCGCCAGAGAAGACGCCGUCUACUACUAUGGUCCCAAUGGCCGUGGACCCAGUUAUGCAUUUGAGGGACCGAAGAAGAUUGUCAAGGUGUUCAAGGAGUAUGUUGGUUUGGUCUGCCCACCGCGUGUUGCUCAAAUGUCCAAAUCCAAGACGUUUAGGCGACUUGGAGGUGACGAGAUAGACGAGCUAUUCAGCAGCUCUUCGUUCACUUUGCUCGACACCGACUUGAAGUACAUUGCUCAUACAGAAUCUCUGUCUGCACAGGUCAAGGAAGUUUUCGUCGAAUGGGGUGAGCUGUUUCUGUUGACCAUCGAUGGCAAGCUGUACAGAUAUCAGGAGAAAAGCCUGCAGCAAAAGCUCGAGAUUCUCUAUCAGCGUAAUCUCUACAUCCACGCCAUCAACCUCGCCCAGAAGUUCGGUGCCGACAAGGUCCAACAGAAUAUCAUCUUCAGAAAGUACGGGGACUACCUGUACCAGAAGGGUGACUAUGACACGGCGAUGCAACAGUAUCUGCGAGCUAUAGACAACACCGAACCUUCACAAGUCAUACGUCGGUUUUUAGACACUCAAAGAAUCCACAAUUUGAUUGACUAUCUGGAAGAACUCCACGAGCAUGACAAGGCUACCGCUGAUCACACGACGUUGCUGUUGAACUGUUACGCUAAAUUGAAGGACACGGAGAAGUUAGAUGCCUUCAUCAGAACACCUGGAAGUGCCACAUUUGACGUGGAGACGGCGAUUGCGAUGUGUCGUCAGGGUAGGUAUUAUGAACAAGCUGCCUACCUUGCCACCAAGCAUGGCGAGAAUGAACUUGUGAUCGACAUAUUGAUCGAAGACUCGAAGAAGUAUGCGGAAGCCCUGCAAUUCAUCUGGCGGCUUGAACCGGAGACUGCGUAUCCAGUCCUGAUGAAAUACGCUCGUAGCCUGAUCGAGCACUGUCCAGAGGAGACCACCAAUCUGUUUAUUCAAUAUUACACCGGGCGGUAUAAACCCAAGGAGGAUGUACCGGCAGUUUCAGAGGUCCAAGCACAAACAGGAGGCGGCACCUUUCAGAGUCUAUCAGCACUUUGGACUCUCCCUUUCAUGCACCACCGGUUGCCACGUGCGGACACACAAGCUCCGGGGCAAGUUGUCGAGACUGAGACAGCAGAUCAUGGGGAUGCUGGGAAGGAAGAAAUCCCCUCGUAUGCGGCACCUCGACCUCGAACGGCAUUUUCAUCCUUCCUCGCGCACCCGUCGCAAUUCAUCAACUUCCUAGAAGCACUCAUUGCGCAAGAGAAUUUAUCGAAGCAGGACCGCGAGGAUCUGUCGACCACGUUAUUCGAGAUGUAUCUUGAGGCUGCCAACGAUGCAAGCGACGGGUCAGGCAAGACCAAAUGGCAAGCGAAGGCCAGUAGCCUGAUAGCCACUGGACAGAGUGCAACUUCAGAUGACUCGCCGAUUGAUACUUCGAACGUGUUGCUCUUGUCUUCGCUUUCACGCUUUCCACUUGGGACGACGCUUGUUCGCGAACGGGCACGUUUAUAUGCGGAUAUCUUUCGGUCUUUUACUUCUGCGAAGGACACAUCUGGAGCCAUCUCCGCUCUUCGCAAAUAUGCGACUCAAGACCCAAGUCUCUACCCCCUAGCUUUGGGAUAUUUUUCGUCAUCUGCCGAAGUGCUGCAGGAACCCGGAGUCAAGGAGGAACUCCAAACGGUAUUGCGAAGAAUCGACGAAGAAAACCUCAUGGCCCCGCUACAGGUGGUCAAAGUGCUAUCACAAGGUGGUGCAGUCACGAUGGGCAUGGUCAAGGCCUACCUUGCGGAAAAUGUUUCUCGAGAAAGAAAAGAAAUACAAAGCAAUCGACGGCUGAUUGAGUCGUAUCGGACUGAAACGGCGAGCAAAAAGUCGGAACUCGUAGAUCUCGAGUCGAAGCCGGUGGUAUUUCAAGCACGGCGAUGCUCUUCGUGCGGGCGGAACCUGACGCUCCCGACGGUGCAUUUCAUGUGUAAGCACUCGUUCCAUCAGGAAUGUUUGAACAAGCCGGGCUUUGGGGCAGGCGGGAAUGGAGACGAGCAGGUGGAUUGUCCGAUCUGCAAGCCCGGGAACGAUACAAUCAAGACGAUCCGCCGACAGCAGGUUGAGAGCACGGAGCAGCAUGAGUUGUUCAAAGCGGCACUGGGCCGUAGCACCAAUCGAUUUGGCACGGUCAGCGAGUUCUUUGGAAGAGGGGUCAUGAGUUUGAUGCCGGCUACGGCGCCAUUGAGUGAUUGA